UCAGAAUCGCGCAACCCGAGCGAGCCUCGAGUCGUCCGUCUCCCGCCGACGCGGCCGGCGCGCGCAACAACUGUAGCAACUGCGGGGCGCCGCGAUCGGUGCGGGAGCGCGUCUCUCCUCCGUACUCCGUCCAUAGCCGUAGAGCCGUGCAGCCGCUCCCGGCUCGUCCGGCUCCGCGGCUCCGCUGCGCACAGGAACAUGUACCGGCGGACCCGGGGCGCGCCGCUGCCUCGUCCUUCCCGUCACUGAUCCGCUUCUCAAGGAAAAAAAAAAUGGUGAGCAGGGAGGCCAGUAAAUGCGUAGUCACAAACUCCGAGUCGGACUCAGAGGCGGCGCCAUCUCUGGCCCUGGAGAUGAAAUACUCCCUGGACCAUGGGCGCCAGGUGAGGAAGAGGAAUAAGGCCUUGCAGGUGCGCUUCAAGGACAUCUGUGAGGCCCAGAAUGAGCAGCGAGAGGCGGCUCGCCAGGCAGCUGGGAAGGGUGGCCGGCCUGCCCCCUCGAAGGUGGUCUACCGGAAGUAUAUGACGGUUCCAGCAAGGCGCUCCAUUCCUAAUGUCACCAGGAGCACGGGUGUGCAAACUUCACCGGACCUGCGAAAGCGCUACCAGACUUUUCCCUUUGAGCGCAAGAAGGGGCACUCGCUCAAACAUGCAGCAGCAGCAGACAGCGUGAAAGGCCAAGGCAAUGGGAUCGAGGCCAACACCAGGAGGCCGAGAGAGGUGGGUGGUCUGGAUGACGAGGCCAUUCGACCUUUGGGGAACGGGACUUAUCGGACACGUGUGCUGCUUCAUACGAAUGACUGCACAGCUGCCUUGGAGCCCCUUCCUGGGGUUGACUGCUCUGAUGGACCGGUAUGUGCCGACCCACUGCUCAGCUGCUCUAAAGACACACAGGGCUCACUGGGGGACCGGAUCGGUGGCACUGAGGACGCGCCACAGAAAGGAUUACAACCGAGGGAGGGGGUAGGUGAGGCCCGCCCAUCUGCCAAGAGGCAGCUGUCGAGCUUUGAAGAGGCACCUGCUGGGCCCCCACGGGACUCAGGACCGAGGGUCACAGGGCCAAUUGCCUGGAACUCCCUAACGCAGGUGGAAUGCCUGGAGAGUCCGUCAGCCCGGAGCAAGCGCAAGAAAGGCGCACAGCUCAAUGGACUCCAAGUUGGGGCAGAGACACGGGCACAAACACUGUCCCACUCUGGCUGCCCUGCUGCUCCGGCACGCUGCCAUGCGACUUCCUUUGCUGAACCCACACCGGUUUGCUCUACGGACAGCACUUCCAUGGCUGCUCCUUGCCAGCAGAUUGUGCCUGUGGCUCAGGAUGGGGACCUCAAGGCUCAGCUCCAGGUGAUGGAAAACUUGAUCAGCUCAAGUCAGGAGACCAUCAAAGUCCUUCUGGGAGUCAUCCAGGAACUGGAGAAGGGAGAGGCACACAGAGAAGGCCUCUCCUAUCGGACCGGACAGGACACGGCCAACUGCGACACGUGUCGAAACAGCGCCUGCAUUAUUUACAGCGUGGAGCUGGACUUCAAGCAGCAGGAGGACAAGCUUCAACCCCUGAUGAAGAAGUUGUGCCCCCAGGAGGACCCUCCCCUCCCAUCUCUGCCUUACCCCCAGGAAGCCUUCACCUCCACUCCCAAACGCAAGUCCAAAUCAGAGACUAAGAAGCACGCCCGCUGGAAACUGUGGUUCCUCUGAAACCCCACUUUCCUUAGUUUUUGAUUUCUUGCUUCCUUCAAAGGGAUUUUGAAUCCAAUCAGCAGUUUUCUGCUCCAGAGGAUGGAUACCAGUCAUCAUCUCUCCUGGAUAAUGACACCGAAAACCAUGCUGAAGUUCAGUAUAAAAAAGUCAGCAAUCUUCACUUGAAGACAAGUUAAAAACCUGCAGAUCAUUCUAUUUUUGUCACGUUUGCCAAAAAAGGGAUUCACAUUUAUGACUAAUUUCCAGAAGCACGGUGUGAAAUUGCGCUGUGCCAACUUAUUUGCAGAUCAGCAAGGUGAGAAGCAAAUUGGAUUUAUUCUAUUUAUUUUUUUUUUAAACAUGAAAC